AUGCCGACAUUGACGCCCACGCCGGUCUACUCGAACAUACUUGUUGGACAGCCACCAGUUUACGUGCAGUGCACUGGCAUAACUGAAUUGACUGAGGGUGAGUCUGAUAUCCUCCGUCUCUACGACCGCACUGUCUUCCAGCAACCCGGUGAUAACGUUUAUCUUCGAUUGAAAUUGGAUGAUUCUAACACUGUCCUUUAUCCUGUGGUUGGACAACCUAUGAUGGGACAACCGCAAGAUCCCGGCUUACUGCAGCAGCAACAGCAGCCGCAGCAGACGGCUCAAACUAGCGGUCAGCAACCACAACAAGUUCCCCGUCAACAGACCCCACAACAGGCACAAGUGGCGCAGUCACAACAAGGCGUCACUGUUACAGUUGGUACUCCUGUUGUUACCAGUCAGCAUUUGCCUCAAGCAAGUCUUGAUGGGGUUCAAAAAGCAGAAGACCCAGUUGUGGUCACAGCGGCAGUUACUUCAGCUCCUGCAGUGGCUACUCAAGCUCAUGAAUGCGCCUUUUGUAGGGCGAACUUCGCUACGGAUUUGGAUUUACGUCAUCAUGUCGAAAUAGCGCAUACUGAUAUUCGCGAUGUUUUUUGCCCGACAUGUCAAAAGGCCUUCUGCAAACGCUCCGUUAUGAAGCGUCACAUGAAAUCUGUUCACGCAGACUCUAAAGAUUACACGUGCACUUUGUGCAACAAGGCUUUUGCGGAGAAGAAGAAUUUGCAGAUGCAUAUCAAUGCUCUACACAAAGGGUUGAAGCCUUACCACUGUCAGGUUUGCGGGAAGGACUUUGCUCGCAAAUGCGAUCUUCUAAGGCACGGGAAUUCCGUUCACAAAGAGAGUAAACCUUAUGAGUGCAGUUCUUGCGGCAAAGGGUUUCCCCAGCGAUGGUAUUUGGAGCGUCACAUGGUUGCUGUUCACAAAGCCACUCUCCAACAAAUGCCUGGAAUGCCAAAUGUAUUUACAAUGCCACAGGCACCACAAGCAACCAUCUUGACGCAGGAUCAACUGAUGCAGCAGAUCCAGCAGCAACAGCUACUUCAAACUCAGCAGCAUCAGUUACUCACUCAACAACAGCACAACCAACAGGUUAUUCAACAACAAGGGCAGCCGGUCUUGCAGCAGACACAACUCUUACAGCAGCAGGCCACUCUUCAGCAACAACAACAAGGUCAACAGUCACAAGCUCAGCAACAACAGCAGCAGGAUCCACAGCAACAAGUUCAACAGCACACCCAGACCUCUCAGAAUCAGGUCACCCAGGUCGUUCAACCACAAUUUUCUCAAGCAGCUGCCCAACACCAACAGUCAUUGCAGUUUUCGGCCUUCUCUCAGGCGCCUACAAACUCUGUCAGUAUCGUGGCAGCGGCAGGUGGAACGCGUUUCGCGGUCCCAAUGCCGGCGGCGUCAGUCAGUGCAGCAGGUCCAGGAGGCGCUGCGCUACCCUCUGCCACUAUGAUGCCGACGCUUUUCUUCCAACAAGCAGGUGGAGGUCUCCUCCCGUCUACCGCAGCCACUCAUCACCAGUUGCAGUUGGCGGCUGCAGCAGCCGCCGCAGCAUCUUCUACCCCCUCCACGCCCUCCACAUCCACUGGUGCUGGUGCUGCUACACCCCACGCCAUGCCACAGCAGCGUCUGCAACAGGUCGGGCAACAGUUAGGUCUGCCGCCCGCACAGCAUAUGAUGCAGCAGGGCACCACCAUCUCGAUUAUCCCGCCGCCUCAGGCGACUAGCCAACUUCAGCACACAGUGUCAAAGGGGUCGUGCAUGCUGCGUGCGCGUCGUGCGCACUUAUCCGUACACACACACACGUAUAUAGGCACCCGGAGUAAGCUGGCGAGGCGAGGAGAGAGAAUUGCGCGUUCGGAGGGAGAGUGUUUGCGUGCGCACCUCCCUAUCGACCCACCUUCUGCUCGCUUCUGCACACGUGCGGUGUUUGCGUGCCUCCGUGCAACCACUGACGCGUGUGCGCGGCGUGGUGCGCAAAUUGGUGGAACUGCCAUUACCGAUUUUUUUCCAGACCAAACCAUCUUAGCCGAUAAAGGCGGUGGGUGCGUGCACUCGUUCGUUCCCGCGCUCCUCCUACACUUUGGCCUUAGAGCGAGCAAACUAGCCUGCGAGCAACGUUCGCCUUCGCGUUUCAUAGCUUCUCGCUCUCCCCAUCUCCUGCUUCUCUGUGUCCCCACACAACGACUUCUAGGUGCAAGGACGUGCCUGCGUGGUGCGUGCGUGUGUGCGCGCGUCGCUUGCGUCGAUAACGCAAUGCGCAGUGCGGGGCUAACCAGGUGGUUUGCGUACGCACAGAUGCGUGUUCGUGAGCCCACAAAACCAAGAAAACAGUUCGCGUGCGAUCAGUGUGACAAGGUGUAUCCUCGCAAUCAGAGUCUGCAGGCGCACAUCAUUCAGGUUCACUCGGACGUGAGGCCCUAUACCUGUCGAAUCUGCCACAAGGGCUUCGUGCGUAGAUGGGACUUCUACCGCCAUCUGAAUGCCGUCCACAGGGAUCGCGCAAGAGAGGCACUAGAUGCAGACAAGGUGGAAGAAUACGUAACAUGGAUGCGUAGUCGAGCCCCUGCCGAUAUCUCGUGGGAAUGUUUAAAUGCGGUGCGCGAGGAGUUCCCAGCUGGCACGGGUUCGUCCGCUGUAGCCAGCACCGCUGCUGGUGGCGGAGGCGGCGUGAGUGGUGCUGGUGCCGCCGCUCCUGUUGUCAACACAACUGCUGCUGCUAAUCCCAGCGGUACUCCUAAAGCCUCCUCUCCUGCCGCUCCACCUCAAUCCUCCACACCUUCAGCCGCUGCCUCCUCCACCUCCUCUACCUCUAACUCCAGCGUCACCGUGACCAUGAUCAAGCCCGCUAAUGAAUAA